AUGUUCAAGAAGAAGCCGUCGUUCCGAACGCCGAAGGACUUCACGCCGACCACGACUUCCUCCUCUCCCGAGCCGGCUGCGGCGGCUGCGGCGGCUGCGGCGGCUGCGGCGGCUGCGGCCGCGGCGGCGGUGGUGGUGCCGGAGCCCAAGCCGGCGGCACCCGUGAAGAAAGCCCUGGCGCCGAAGCCCAAGCCUGCGGGGCCACCCUCGAUAGUCCCGGCCGGCACAAAGCGGGUGCUCGUGGUAGGCAAGUCCGUAGUGAUGACUGCGGACGUCGAGAACUGCGACGCCGUGAUCGUGCAGGGGAACCUGGACGGGAACAUCGUGGCGAAGUACGUCGUCAUCAUGAAAGGCGGAUGCAUGCGAGGAACGGUUGUGUGCGAAGAGGCGGACGUGGCGGGGUCCUUCGAGGGUGUGGAGAUGACCAUUCACCACCGUCUGACGCUCAGCGGCACCGCCAGGGUCGGGGGCAAGACAACAUACCACCGGCUGUCUGUGCACGACGGGGCGAUCCUGACGGGAGAGCUGCAGUACAAGCCUUCCCUGCGAGACGAGACCGCCGUGCCUGCGCCGCCGGCCGACAAGGGCGAAGCAGAGCCAGCAACAAAGACCGCUGUCGAGGGCGCGGUGCCUCUUGAGGCGACGAGCGAUGCCGCAUCGACGGUGGCAAGCGAGACGUGCCCUGAGAAGACAACAGCCGUGACCAAGAGUCCUUCGAAACAGUGACAAGCUUUCGAGACUGCGGACAUGCGUUCACGCGCGAACACCGUGGGAACGAGCUCCCGCCCCAUUUCACCCGCCAGCCCAAGAGGUGCAGGAUUGUGGGGUGGGGGGGGGGGGCGCGAGGAAGCUAUUUAACCCAGGGCGGCAGAAGGUAUCUUCGUCUCCUGUGUGCGAAAAACAGAAAUCCCUUUUCGAGGAUAUGGUACAUGCGGACGACAGGGGAAGGGUGGGGGCAGGCGGUAUCGCUACGAUUGGGCACGUGCGGGGAGGUGGAGAGCAGCUACACUUUUAUCCGGGUACCUGCGGUGCAUGGGGGCGUGUGUAAUGGGCUCUGGGCUAUGCAUGUCAACGGGCUCUGUGGCUCAUGUUUGCGUUUUUGGUUUCUCCCCCUCUCACCGAAUAGCGGGCUAUGGUUUGUGUCUUGAGCAUGACAUUGUGUAUUACGUGGCAGGUUGUGGGGGUGGGGGGGGGUCGGGCGGGGUAGUGAUUGUUGUAGGAAGAAACCGGGGUGUUUGUGAUGUUGUGGAUACUCCAUUAAAACAGCUGUGUUUGUAGUAGGUAGCUACUGGAAGGGCUUAGGUUUUCGAGCCCUAGGCUCAAGGGUAUGAAUACUCGCAGGUAGAAGUUACAACACCCGAGCACAGCUGCGAGAGAACAUCCAUCGUCUUGUCUUGGUGGGGGUCAGUAGUGGGCGGGACGGGAUUGGGAGGAACGUCUUUUCCCAUUUGGAAGAAGACAAGCGAUUUGUUUUUUUUGUGGUGUUUUUUCCGACAGGGCGUCAUGCAAAACUAUGAAAUACUUUCGGCGACACCUUUUCCCGCCAUGCUCCCUUGCUACUGUCAUUUGUGAUUGAUGUGUUGUCGUGGUUUCCCUUGUUUUUAGGCCUCUCCCGAAUCUCUCGAUACUCACCGUGUUCAUACCUACGCCAGACCACGCCUGGCACCUGGUGUUUUUGUCUUUUCUGUUCUUCAGCAAAUAUCUUCCUUUGGCGUUUGACUGGAUUGGCAACGAGAGAAGUUAGCGGGGAGGUUUUUGGCAUGUUUUUGUGGCAAAUACCGCGGUCGGUGUAACGUAUUAAUCGUGUGCGUACUUAAGUGGACAAGACUAUAUAUCUGGUCCGUUAUUUUCUUUCCCUUCCGGGUUGGUGUCGUUGCUUCACAAGCAAAUCAUUUUUUUUUUUGCUCACAUCUC